GUCUUGGAAUGCAACGUGAUCAGCUGAUGAAUUAGGGCAUAUGACACCCAAUCCCAGCAGCAGAUGACAUCCGCACCUGAUUCUAACAUAUACGUAUAAAGCAGCCCUACUAUCUUCGAGCUAGAAAGUAGAUUGAAUUAACGUCUUUGUGUCUCCGUUAUCCGGAACCGACUGAGAUCCUACCAUCCACCAUGAACUUAAAGUCUAUCACCACGAUGCUCCUCACCGUCGUCGGUGUCGCGAGUGCCGUGCAACAUCAAUACACUUCGUUACGAACGACAUCAAAGGAGGGUCAUAAAAUCCCAGCCUUGAAGUCGGAGCAGAGUGUUCUAGGGCUCGGGACCGAUGAGAGCCGCUGCUACACAUGCUCCUCCCCUUGUUCACACGCGGUGUGUUGUCAUGGACGGUUUCCUCAGUGCUGCACAGAUGGGGUGUAUUGUUACUGCUGUGAUGACUGAUUGAUGCACUCGGUUGCACAUGGUAUAAUAUUAUACAAGAAUAAUCAUCAUUAGUUGCACAUCGAUAUAAUAUCGUCGGGGAUGAACGGCUUCAGGAUGUUGAUCAACGCAGCCAACGGGAUCCAAUCCAGGGUACCAUGGAUGGUCUCAAUCGCAGAUCCACUGUACAGAACUCUAGCGUAGAAUUCCGACUCGGAGGUUUCCC